AUGGAGGAGUUUUCUGAGAUGCUUUACAUCCCUAUUAGAGAUCAGCUACCGUUCACUGGUUUGGAAAAUAACCCGAACCCUGAAGUCAUUGCCGCUGCUUUACAUCUGAAGAAGUCUGAAAUUGAGAACAAUUGGGAAACAAGGAGUGGAGUCAAGGGUUUCCUCGCUAAGUUCCUACUUGAGAAGGCUCGAUCGUUCUUGGAUUCCAUGAGUUACCAUGCUUUCGAAGACAUAUUAGCUUUGCUCAUCUAUUGUUUGGUGUUUUUUCCAAAUCCUGGCCAAUUCAUAGACGUACACGCCAUCAAGAUAUUUUUGACUCGCAAUCCUUUGCCUACUUUGCUUGGAGAUAUUCUACACUCCCACCGCACUUGUACUAUGAAGAAGCAAGGAACUCUUAUGUGUUGUACACCUUUGCUAUCUUGGUGGUUUAUUUCGCACCUUCCUCGGUCGGUGAUGAGGAAAAAACAAGGCUUGAGGUGCAAUCAGAGAAUAAUGUCGCUUUCUCAUUCUGAUAUUCGUUGGUGUUCUCUAUCCAAGGAAAAUAUUACUAUCAUUGACCGUUGUGGACAAUACCCUAAUGUUCCACUUCUUGGCGUAAGAGGGGGUAUUACUUAUAAUCGCUUUUUGGCUCUACGUCAGUUUGGUUAUUCUCGAAGAGAUGGUCCUCAUCAUAUGCUUAUACAAGGCAUUGUGUUCAACUAUGAAGAUGAUCCUCAAGGUUACUGUUAG